UUUCAGUACCAUUAUCAGCUACAUUGAUGACCAGUUUGAGCGCUACCUCCAUGACGAGAGCGGUCUAAAUCGUAGACACAUUGUUGACAAUAGAGUUCACUGCUGCUUCUACUUCAUUUCCCCGCUGGGCCACGGCCUGAAGCCCCUGGAUGUCCAGUUUAUGAAGGCCAUUCACAAUAAGGUCAACGUGGUUCCUGUCAUCGCCAAGGCGGACACGCUCACCCUCAGAGAGAGGGAGAGGCUCAAGCGCCGGGUGCUGGAUGAGAUUGAUGAGCACGGCAUCAAGAUCUACCACCUUCCUGAUGCUGAGUCUGAUGAGGAUGAAGAUUUCAAAGAGCAGACCAGGAUCCUGAAGGCCAGCAUCCCUUUUGCAGUUGUGGGAUCCAACCAGCAGAUUGAGGCCAAAGGGAAGAAGGUGAGGGGCCGCCUGUACCCCUGGGGGGUGGUGGAGGUGGAGAACCCAGAGCACAACGACUUCCUCAAGCUGCGGAUCAUGUUGAUAACCCACAUGCAGGACCUACAGGAAGUGACCCAGGACCUCCACUACGAGAACUUCCGCUCGGACCGCCUCAAACGGGGUGGCAGGUUGUCCUCCCAUGGUUACAUUCUGCCUCUGUCUCCUGCAAAGGGCCCGGAGCCGGAGGAAACGGACAAGGACAUGAUCCUGCAGGAGAAGGAGGCUGAGCUGAGACGAAUGCAGGAGAUGAUCGCCAAGAUGCAGCUGCAGAUGCAGAAGCAGGGCGACGGAGAGGGCGACGGCCAACAUGUGUGAAGAGUCAACGGUGUUCGGGCCGCUGCUCCAGUUUGACUGAGGACGGAUGAUAGCUGAGAACGUGUAAAGGCAUCCUGGUUAUUGCCACAAUUUUUUAUUCCAAUCCAUUACAGGAUCUGGAGUCAUUUUUUUUAUACAUACAGUAAAGUAUAUUUAAACAGUGUUAUGUUUAUAUAUUUCCACACGGUUCUAUUUCUUUCUUUAUUUGCUUUUGCCAGUCACUCAAAUUAAGUCAUGUGACCCAUCUUCUGAAAAGGUGGCAUAUCUUUGAUACAAACUGUUACUUUUUGUUGCUAUUUAGAAAACCAAAGUACUGUUACUUGUUUUCUGGAACAUCUCUGAAAACACGUGCUAACUCAUUUGGGAGAGUGAACUAUGGGACAACUGGUAGCUUUUUCCGCCAUUGUUAGGCCCUUUUUGUGGUAUUCCUUUUGUUCCUCUGUCUAUAAAUGACACCUUAAGUUUCCAAUUCAUAGUCCACCUCGCUCAUUGUUAAAAAAUUAGCCCAAUCAUGUGCAUACAAGUCGACCAAGGUCAGAUUUUCCAGUGAAUUGUCCCUCCUUUCCUGUCAAAGUCUCCAUUGGUGCAGUUCUCAGAUCAGUGUAUUUUAAAUAUGAUGGCAUCCAAGUGAAAGUCUUCCUAUAGACAAAUGAAGGACUUUCAAAUGAGGUGCGGUGCCUCUGUUUGGUGCUCUCCAUCAACUAGAAGUCAUUCCUCCAUGUUUCCUCUACAAUGUCAAGUGAAGUCAUGUGCCAAGCAGCGUUGUUUCGUUGAUGCAGGGAGAGGUAGCAGUCCCUACUGCCGAGUACUCUGUGGUUCCCUGACCACAGAUUUAAAAAAACGACUCAAUGAGGUCGGUGUAGCCAACGUUCCCCUCACCGGCCAAGAUGUGAGUUCUCGACAUUCCUCUUUGUGCUGUUUUUACCCACUUUUAAAGCACCAAAUAUUGUUCUUGAUGCAUAUAUUGUAAUAAGUUUAAUAAACUUUAUUAAUCUCUUCUGUGA